CGAAACAAAAACAUCGAAGAACGAAAUUUUGAUGGUAACACUUCUCUAAUUAAUUACAUUUAAACGUAACUUGCAAUAUGAGUUGAGAUUUCGGAGCGAAUGUGCAAAACAAACAGACCGGUACAUUGGCAUUUAUACUGGAAAUCAUGAAAACAAUGGUCAAGCGAAGCAAUGUAAAACACUAAAAACUGGAGAAAUUUAUCAAAAAAAUUACUGGUACUGUACAGUAAGCAUAGUAGAAAUGCGAAAAAUUAAUUUUUGCAUCUGAACAUUCGUAAGAAAAUGUUCGAAAAGCGUUCAAUCACCCGUAUAUUAUCUGAUUUGGCGCUUUUUUUUUAUAAAUGAAGAUGGCGCAAGCGCCCAAUGGCCCAAUGAAAUGACGAGUAUACGAGAAACCACCGAGAAACUUACGGAGCGCGCAUCGAAGAUAUCCAAAUAAUUGGAAGAGCGUAAAAGGAAUAGUUUUUUGGAUCAGUGCUGUCAAUAAUUAUAGUAAGAAAAAUAGCAGUUAGAGUUGGAAUCGGUUUGAAAACAUCGACAGAUCAAAUAUUCCGUCAUGUCUGCGGGCGUCUGUCGCCAGACGUUGAAUUCAAUACGGCCAAAUACUCAAAAUUCGAUCAUAAUCGGUGUUAUUAUAAACAGCCAAAACUCAAAAACGUUCGAGACCGUUCAAUCGCGAGGCAUUCGCGGAGUGUGGACUUUCACACUUCGUGAUUCGGAAAAAGAUUUCAUUAAUGUAACUGCUUGGGGAAGCGUCGAUUUCAUCGAUCGACUCACCAGUACUUUUCACAUCGGAAGCGUCGUGGAAAUCAUAAGUGCCAAAGUAAUGUUGCGGAAGGAAAACGAUCGGAAUGAAAAUUUCUGUCCCUCGGUAUCGAGCCCUUACACUCUCAGCGUAAACGAACAUUCCGCUCUCAUCCAAUCACACGACAGUCCCGACAAAAACCGUUACAAGCGCUUAUUGCGGAUUCCGACAAAAGCAACCUCCGAAUUGCGAACGCUCAAAAGCAUUCUCGAUGUGAUUGAAACUCUGCAAAAUCAAUACGUCAAUUUAUUGGUCGUCGUCACCUUCGUCAGCGAGUCUCGAGAUAUCAUCACAAAAGACGCGAGGUCAUUUGUUUGUCGUGACUUCGAGGUAGCCGAUGGCUCUACCCAGAAGUCGGUGUCCUUCAAACUUUGGGACAAAGAAUGGGUGAAGCUUUCGGAAGUAUGGCAACCUAAAGAUACCGUUCUUUUCAUCGCUGACGCUUUUAUUGGUUAUGACGCUUACAAGAAAAAAUCGGUUAUCUCGUUAGUCCGAAAAACGUUGAUAACAGAAAAUCCGGAUCUGCCGGAAACCAUCGAAGUGAAAAAGUCCAUAAAUUGCGAGCCGGAUCAUCUUCCCAGUAAUCCGUUUUUAGUGCCGAAUCCCGAAAGUGUUAAAACGGUGAUGACGAUACGCGAAAUAUCGGAGAAAUUGAACAAUAUGUCAAUUCCAGAAGGCGAAAGGCUUCAAUUCGUAACAAUUCUUUACGCAUUCGUGACUGAAAUUAACAUGGAAAGUAUCGUGAAUACAGGUGCCCUGAUAACCAGAUGCGCACUUUGCAAAAGAGUGGUCGCCGAGGGAAACGAUUCGUGUAUGAACCUUGAAUGUCCUUCGGGGAACGGUCGCCGUGAGCCAAUGAACGUCAGCAAUCUUUAUCUUAAACUCAAUCUAAAAGACGACACUGGAUAUUUAAUCGGAUGUCGAUUGACCGGGCCGGCCGCCGAACGAGCUCUCAAUUGUACGGCUUCGGAUUUCGCGAAAAUGACUCUGCCGGAGCGUGGCGAACUCAAGUGGAAACUCUGCUUGGAAAAGUGCGACGUGCGUCUUCAGGUUUUGGGCCCGACGCAGACUUUUCCUCGUGCUCUUUACAACAUUUUAGCGAUAAAACGCAUUCGCGAUGGCGAAGUCGUCGAAACGGACAACGAAGACGACGAAAGAUUCCCACCUUUCGAAUAAUAGAAUCGAAAAAAUGUACAAUUUUACUUUUUUAUUUCCUUUGGUUAUAUUUUCCAUAAAUAAAUAUCGAUCCUUGUUUAUUAA